UUUCCUUUCCCUUAUUUUUUUCCCUUUCUCUUUUUUCCUCCCUGUGCGUGUCUGAAGGCCGACACACGCAUUUCCAUGCGUAGCCGGUGACGGGGUAACGCGUAAUUCCCCACCUCGGGUAGACAGGUAGGACACGUGCGUACCCCCUGGUAAUGGCCAGGCACAGGGAGGGGUGAUUACCCGAGCUGAUACCUUCCGAAAGUGCUGAUUGGUCCCUCCAUCCGUUACUCGGGAGGUGUGACCUAAGGUGUGAACAAUCACCUAAGGAGGGAGUGCCCUCAGAGAGGGCCUCCACAAGGAAGGAGCGCGCCAUCGGAGACGCCGGUAAUCAUGGAGGAUACUUUCGCAAUGGUUUCCUCAUCUUCUACUAUGUCUGCUCACAAGCGUAAGUUCAAUGAGUCUCAGCCACAGACAGUCCUUCCAUCGUUGCCACAGUUCCUUGUUGUUUCUCGGUCUGACGAAGGUCACGACUUCUCCACGGUCAACCCUUUCAUUAUUCAGAAAGGUGUCGACGCAAUUUCAGGUCCUGUAAAGUCUUGUUCCAGAUUACGAAAUGGCACAUUGUUGUUAGAAACAGUCAGCGUCUUCCAGGCACAAAAAUUGCUGCGUACUUCACUGCUACACACCUUCCCUGUCCGGGUGGAAGCACACCACACUUUAAAUUCCUCACGUGGGGUCGUUUAUACACACUCCCUCGAUGGAUUGUCCGACGAGGUAUUUCAACACUACCUGUCUGACCAGGGUGUAACGGCUGUUCAUAGUCAUGAAAAGGGUUGACACGAACAUCAUUCCAACCCGUACUUUCUUCUUGACAUUUGAAGGGCUCGGGGAGAUAUAGUCAUAAGCCACAACUUUCACGAAAUUGAGUUAUUCAUGUUGCGGCAUUCUUAACCAUGUCUUCUUCACAAUAAGUUGAAAAAGUUCCAUGUUACUGCAACAGAUGACAGGCUAUGAUGGAGUGCAGUUCUAUGCUGUGCCAUUUGGUGGUUGUUUCAGAAGAUACAUAGUCACAAGCCACGGCAAAAUGGCGGGUGGGUCAGGAACGUCUGAAGCGUCUUCGGGUCUUCAACGCAUAUUUGACACAGACAGUAGUGGAAGUGAAGAGCUUUACCCUUUGCAUCCUGACAGUGAUGAAUCUUGGCAUCCAUUGACCAGCAGUUCCAGCUCAGAUGAUGUUUCGAUAAGGAAAUAAAACGGUUUAUUUCUGGUGAUUAAUUUCCUGUGGCUUGUGACUUUGUUUCUCUCAACAUUGGCAACUCAUUUCUCAGCCAUCCUGUGUGUUAAUGAUGAAACUUGAUGGGCACAUUUAUAUUACUGCUUAAUGGUGCAAUAAUGUAAUUUCAAAGGCAAAAGAUGUGUAAAAAAUAUUUUCUUAUUAAUGUGAUUUUAGCGAAAUUUAAUGUUUUGUGUGGCUUAUGACUAUAUCUCACACAAAUUCUUAGACUAUUUUGCUCUUCAUAUUAUACUUUGAAAUAAGUGGAAUAAAUGAAGAAUCAUCUGAAAAACCAAAGCCUUCACGGCAGAGAAAGCGAAAUAUUGAUCAGUGGAAGAAAAAUAAAGCAAAAGUCGACGAAAUGCUGGUCAGCAGUAUAAGUCUUUAAAAGCACACAAGACUGUUCAGGCUGCUACUAUAGGAAGUCCCUGUACUUGUUCAAUUAAAUGUUUCACAAAACUGCUUGCAGAGGAAGAAAACAUUUUUCAUUCAUUUUGGGACAUAAGAAACUUUAAUGCCCCGAAUACUUACCUGAUGAGCUGUAUGAAAAUGGAACCGAAAAAGCGGAGGUUUGUUCACUAUUUAAAUACAAAUGGUUUAAUAUUUUGUACAUUUAUUUCAUUUUGUUAUAUUUGUCAUAAUUUCUUUCAAAGCUAUCCAAAAAAGACUUCCAAGAAAAAAUCAUCCAGGGAUGUUACAUUUUCUUAUAAUGUGAGGGUAUGCGGAAUAGAAGUCAUGAUCUGCAAGGAAGCUUUCCUAAGGGUUCAUGGCUUACAGAUACAUUCAAGAAGAGUGAGGAAUUUGCAACAUUAAAUGAAGCAGGGAUUUGCAGUGCCGAAAGAAGAUGGAAGAGGAAAACAUGGAAACUACCCAUAUAAAUUUCAAGACAAAGCUGUACAAAGUGUUAGAGAAUUUCUCAACGCAAUACCGAAAUAUAUCAGUCAUUACAGUAGGCAACAGAACCCCAAUAAAAUGUAUUUGGAUUGUGAUCUCACAAUUGCUUCCUUAUUUCGAGAUAAAUACUCAGAAUACUGCAAGGAAAAGCAGGUUCCUGCAGUAUCUGAAAGUAAAUUCAGAGAAAUUUUCGUAUCUGAAUUUAAUGUAGGCUUCAAACUACCAAAAAGUGACACCUGUUCAAAAUGUGAUGGAUUUCUAAUUGCUAUAAACAACCCAGAAUUAUGUGCAGAAGAAGUCACAGAAAAGAAACAACAAUAUGAACUGCAUCUCAAAAAGGCUGACAGAGGACAAAAUAUGAUUGCUUCUUUAACUGUUCUGGCUAAAGAAAAUUCGAAAGAGCAUCAUACGAUAGCAAUGGACAUGCAGCAAACAUUCCCCACACCUAAAUUAACAGCAGGUCCAGAAUUUUACAAGAGGAAAAUAUGGACAUACAACUAUGGUAUCCACGACUGUGGAUCAAAUAAUGAUUAUAUGUUUCUGUGGAGCGAGAAAGAUGGAGGACGGGGUACAGAUGAGGUUGGGAGCUGCUUAUUGAAGUACUUGCAGAUAACUAACCCUCAGACAAAACAUUUCCAAAUAAUCAUAGACAACUGCAAGGGUCAGACAUAGAAUUGGACUACUAUUGCUUUGGAAAGGUUCCUUGUUGCUACCAAAAGAUUUGAUUCUGUCCAGCAUUACUUCCCUGUGGUAGGUCACACCAUGGUACCUAGCGAUUGUGAUUUUGGUUUCAUUAAACGGUAUGCAAGAAAUAGACGGCCAAUAGUGUACACUCCAGAUGAAUGGGCAGAAGUAAUAAAAUCUGCGAGUCCAAAACAUUUCAUUGUAACUAAAAUGGAAAGAGAAGACUUCAGAAGUUUGGAAAGCCUGAAGACAUUGACCUCAAAACGUACAGAAUCCACGUCUGGAGAUCCCCACCAUUUCAGUGAAGCUACUCAAUUUAAGUUUGAGUCUGAAGAUCCCUUCAAGCUAACUGUAAAGCACUCUUAUUCAGACAUAGGAGCUUUCAUUCAGUGGAUAUUCAUGUCAAAAAGAAAAGCUAGUUGAACCAAAUCCAUAUCAGCUUCCAAUAAAGUACAGAAAGCCACUACCAAUUAUCCAGAAAAAAAUUGAUGAUGUACUGUCUCUUAUGCCAUACAUACCUGCAGCAAAUCAAGCUCUCUUUUGGUCAUGUACUGGAAAUAACGUGUACAAUAAUGAGGUAGAGGAACUUCCUUGAUGUGACCGUGUAAAUGAAAAAGUAAUUCAUACAUCACAGAUACCUGAUAUGUAUAUAUUAAUGUGUAAAAAUUAUAUAUUCUGCUUGCUGAGUAAGAGUAGUUAAAAUAAAUCAUUACAAAUUCAUA